AUGCCUCCGUCCGCUGUCCGGCCAACCCGACUCAGCGGACCUGUCGAAAGGUUUGCUCUUUAUUUAGUAAAGAAGCAAACAAAGCCAGCUCAGAUGCGCCUGCACCUCAGCCGGUGUGGUCACGAAGGAACUCUUUAUUUCGAGUUCCCGAAUGCAUAUUCAAGAUGGACGCCAAUCGAGAAAACUAACUAUUGUAUAGAUAUUGAUAGUGAUUUGAACCCAAAAUUCUGGUCAGUUAUGACUUCAGAGGACGCAACAGAAAACAAUCAAUACUAUACUGGCGGAAUAAUAAUAUCAUCAGUAUUUCUUGUGGCUGUAUUCUUGGUGUACGCUAUACUACCUGAAUUGCAAAACUUAGCCGGUCUUGUUCUGAUGGCUUAUGUUUUCAGUCUCGGAGCAGCUUUUAUAAUAUUGGCUUGCCUCCAAUUGAUUGGCAUGGACGUGUUAUCCUGCAUUGUAUUGACGGGCAUGUGUUACUUUUUCUUUUUGUCGACAUUCUGCUGGAUGAACAUAAUGUCGUAUGAUAUUUGGUGGACUUUUCGCGGAUACGCUAAAGCUCGCACAAUUCAUCGAAAAGGUGUGCGUUUUAAGUUUAUAAUGUACUGCCUUUACGCUUACGGAGUGCCCACUUUGAUGACAAUCGGUCUUAUGACUGUGAACAGUAUGGACUUAAGACACUACCCUUGGAUAAUUACACCACAAAUUCCGAAAUUUGGAUGUUUUAUUGAAGGUGGCCAGAAAUUCGUAUACCUCUAUAUACCAAUGUUGGUGCUUAUACUCUGCAAUUGGAUGUUUUAUUUAAUGACAGCAUUUAAUAUAUGGCGAUUGGUUCGGGGUACAGCCAUUCUCAAUUCAACUCAUCGCUCUCAGAAAAACAGAUUGAUGGUAUAUCUGAAGAUAUCUGUUAUUAUGGGAAUAAACUGGUUAUUGGAAGUGGUCAGCUUCCUCACUCCUAAACUCACGAUAUGGCUUUACACAGACGCCUACAACGUCCUCAUGGGAUUGGCAAUAUUCCUCAUUUUUGUAUGGAAACGAAAAAUUUAUAGGAAAUUGAAAGCAAGACUCACUCCCAGUCCCAUUGUCCCUAAGUUACACCAUAGCAGUACGAGUAGCACAUUAGAAUCCAGCCUUGGUCAAGAGACUUCCACAGUAUCCAUAAACCCAAGAGGAAAAUAA